AUGAAAUCGGUCUCCUUCUCCUUUCUGCUGGGAGCUGCCACUCUGGCAGUGGCUUCUCCGCACCCUGCAAUCCCCCAGAGCCCUUUGCAACUCUCCUGGCCACCGUCCCCCGCCAACUCCCUGGACGACGUCAUUAAUGCCUCGCCCUUCCUUUCUUUCCAUCGAGACAUUGUGCAGAUUGCGUCCGUUUCCGGAAAUGAACGCCAUGUUGGCUCUUUCGUGGCCGACUUUCUCCAGUCCCACAACUUCACCGUCAUCAAGCAACCGGUGACAGGCAAGAAGAAUGGCCAGCACCGCUUCAAUAUCUUCGCUCACCUUCCCUCCAGCCGGCCGGAGAUUCUCCUCACGAGCCACAUUGAUACCGUUCCGCCUUACAUCCCGUAUUCGCUCAACCGCAUCGACCACGACUUGCCCACGGAUGACGCGGCCACCAUCCGCAUCUCGGGGCGAGGCUCCGUCGACGCCAAAGGCAGCGUGGCCGCUCAGGUCUUCGCGGCCCUCGACCUGCUGCAGGAUCAUCCCGAUGCGCCACUGGGUCUGCUUUUCGUCGUCGAUGAGGAAGUUGGCGGAGACGGCAUGAGGGUCUUCUCUGAGUCCACCUUGAACCCGGCCCCAUCCUCCUUCCACACCGUCAUCUUCGGUGAACCUACCGAACUGGCUCUUGUCUCCGGCCACAAGGGCAUUCUAGGCUUUCAGCUCAUCGCCAAAGGCCAAGCUGCCCACUCUGGAUACCCCUGGCUUGGACGGAGUGCCCUCUCCGCCAUUCUCCCGGCCUUGUCCCGCGUCGACCAGCUGGGUGAUACUCCCGCGCAUGAAGGCGGUCUCCCAACCAGUCCCAAGUACGGCCGCACGACCGUCAACAUCGGCAGGGUGGAAGCAGGCGUGGCUGCCAACGUGGUGCCUGCUUUCGCCCGCGCGGACGUCGCCGUGCGUCUGGCAGCCGGGACCCCGGACGAAGCACGGGAGAUCAUCCGACGCGCCGUGCAGGACGCCACCGAUGGCAAUGACGAUGUGUAUGCUGACUUCACUACGCACUCCGGGGGUCACCCGCCUCAGGACCUGGAUACGGAUGUCCCCGGGUUCCCAGUGAUGACGGUGAACUACGGCACCGACGUGCCCAAUCUGAAGAUCCACGAGCGGCCGGACGGCCCUGUCCGCCGAUAUCUAUACGGACCUGGCAGUAUUCACGUUGCCCAUGGGGACAACGAAGGUCUCACCGUGGCGGAGCUGGAAGAAGCCGUUCGCGGAUAUCGGAAGUUGAUCGACGCGGCUUUGAAUCGGAAGUAG